GGGUUCAGACUUCGGAGGACCCAGCCCGCUGUCUCCCCCCAAACCCCAACAACGCAUUCCGUUCCGGCGCUUCCGACGACCGACUGCACCGGCGACGAUGGCCGCCGCCGACGACGUCGCCCCGCGCGCCGCCUCGGCCUACCUCGACCCCUCCUACUGGGACGAGCGGUUCGGGAAGGAGGAGCACUACGAGUGGUUCAAGGACUUCUCCCACUUCCGCCACCUCCUCGCGCCGCUCCUCUCCCCCUCCCUCUCGGUUCUCGAGGUCGGGUGCGGCAACUCGCGGCUAGGGGAGGAGCUCCUGCGGGAGGGCGUCGCCGGCGGCAUCACCUGCGUCGACCUCUCGCCCGUCGCCGUCCAGCGGAUGCGCGACCGCCUGGCGGCUCAGGGAGCCGACGGAGUAGAGGUGGUGGUGGCGGACAUGCUUGACCUGCCGUUCGAGCGUGAGAGCUUUGAUCUCGUGAUCGAGAAGGGCACCAUGGAUGUAUUGUUUGUGGACAGUGGCGAUCCAUGGAACCCCAAUCCUACGACGGUAAAUAAUGUGAUGAAAAUGCUUGAAGGUAUCCACAGGGUUUUGAAGCCAGAAGGCGUAUUCGUAUCGAUCACCUUUGGACAGCCACACUUUCGACGUCGAUUUUUUGAAGCUCCUGGGUUUACAUGGUCUGUUGAAUUCAACACCUUUGGCGAUGGCUUCCACUAUUUCUUCUACACCCUUACGAAGGGUAAAAGAUCACUGGAGUCCAACAGUUACCAAAAUACAUUACCUGCUGCUCCAAAAAUUAACAUGUUCCAUGAAGAGCUCGAGAGCGAGGAUUAUAUAUUCCGCACAAACGUUGAUGAGCUCUAGUUGACAAGUUCUGAAGCAGCUAUGCCAGUCUGGGAGCUAAGCAUCAAGAGGGAUGAAGGAGACCAGUUUAGCGCUGGUGAUCCUCAGUGAUGUUUGUAACAUGUGUGAUUUAUGACGACUCAUUUUGGGCCUUGGUGUGCAAUGCUGUACAAGUUCAGGGUAGGGAUCUCUGUACAAUCUGAAUUGGCUAUAACAUAGUAUACCUUUGUUGUUCC